AUGAAUGAGAUGAAGUUGAAAAUCCCGGGGAUGCCGGUCGACUUUAUGUUUCGAAACAAGCCGUUACUUGGAAGGCUCCCCCGGGGACCGAGACCUGCCGGGACUGGGGCGCCAUUGGAUUCGGGUCCCCCGUUUCUCAUGUGCUUCGGGCACAACCGGAACCGGGUCAGAUCCCACCCGCUCGGCAACCUUGGCAUCGAUGUACACGAGUACACCUUAUCUCAAUUGGCUUGUAAAGAAGAACACCAAAAGGAUGAUUUGAUAUGUAUUCGGCCCAUGGGAACUCAUAUAUUGAUCCUGCGAAAUAGCGGCAACGUGCAUGCCAACGGGAUCCUCUCAGCUCUGCCAUAUAUCACAAUCCACAUGUCAAGACGCAAAUACCGGUUCCAUGGAUGA